AACAUGUAACGUUCGAAGUUGAAGGUCUGACGCUGCCUAUAAAGCCAUAUAUCUUUGAGCACAAAACUACAAAACUCGUUUUUUCCCUCCCUCCCUCCAAAUCCUUGUUGUGACAUGAGCGCAGCAAAGCAAAUUGAAGGGAAACAGGUUGGAAAUCAAGAAAGCGAGGGAUUGAAAAAAAUGCUGGAUGGAAUGGUGUGGAUGGACAGGAAAGAGGGAGACGAUGAUGAACAAGGCGCGGGUUGUUGGGCACAAAACAACAAUGGGGGAAUGGUCUCGUUGGUGGAUGGAGAAGAUGUGGGGGGGUGGUACAUGCCCAUGCCCAUGCCGAUGCAUAGCCUCGCUGAUCAGAGCAACGCCGCCCUGUUGUUGCACCCAGUAGAGUCAACCUCUUCCUGUUCUCCAUCUUCUGCCUUGAAUAGCCUUGAGUCGUGUCAGUCUCAGGUACACUAUUUCUUGCCUCCCAAAACCAACAGCAGCAUCAUCAAUCCCUUGGAAAGUGGUUUUGAAAAUGGGUUUCUUCAAAAUCAUGGUUUGAGCAGAGGGACAGGGAUUUUGGGUGGUGGGUUUGCUGAAUUUACUUCUCAGAAUCCCAAUUUCAACACUGCAUUUGGCUCAACCAAUUUGCUACAGCCCCAAACUGGGUUUGGAGAGACCUUCUUCAAUGACAAUAAUAGCAAUGCUUUGUUUCUUAAUCUCAAUAGGUCUAAAUUGUUAAAACCACUUGAUAAUUUUGCCUCAAUUGGUGCACAACCCACUCUCUUUCAAAAGAGGGCUGCUCUCAGGAAGAAUCUUGCUAAUAAUUUGGAGGUUCUGGGAAUUACCAGGACUUUAAGCAAUGUUGAUAAGAAGCAGGUGGAAGUGAGUGAAAUGAUUGAUUUGAAGAGGGAGGGAAACAAUGGGGAUGUUGAUGAAGUGAACAAAGACAGGUCCUCCAACUUCAACUAUGAUGAUUCAGAUGAGCUGCUGCAGCUGAAUAAUAAUAAUAAUAAUAAUAAUUCUAACGACGACGAGAGCGUUAAGAACAACAAUACCAGUGGAGAUCAGAAAGGGAAGAAGAAGCAGGGGGGGCUUCCUGCUAAGAAUCUCAUGGCUGAAAGGCGCCGUCGCAAGAAGCUCAAUGAUAGGCUUUACAUGCUCAGGUCUGUUGUCCCCAAGAUUAGCAAGAUGGACAGGGCUUCAAUCUUAGGGGAUGCGAUUGAAUACUUGAAGGAGCUUGUGCAGAAGAUCAAUGACCUCCAAAAUGAACUGGACUCCUCCACUUCACCUGUGGUGACCACCCCCUUCUACCCUUUGACACCAACUACAGCUGCAUCUUCCCGCAUCAAAGAAGAAAUCUCUCCCACUUCAUUUCCAAGCCCGCUGCCUAGUCCAACUGGACAACCCCCUGCAAGAGUUGAAGUGAGGGUAAAAGAAGGAAGAGCUGUGAACAUCCAUAUGUUUUGCAGUCGUAAGCCUGGCCUCUUACUCUCAACAAUCAGGGCUCUCGACAACCUUGGCCUGGAUGUCCAACAGGCUGUUAUCAGCUGCUUCAAUGGCUUUACCAUGGAUAUCUUCCGAGCACAGCAAUACAAGGAAGGUGAUAUCCAUCCUGAUCGAAUCAGAGCUAUACUUCUGGAUUCUGCUGGCUUCCAGGGGAUGAUCUAAGCUGCUCAAGUUGUUGUAUGUUUAUCCAAGUCAAGUUGAGGACGGUUUUCUGCUCUUCCUGAUUGAUUGCGCAAUGUUUAUCUAUCUGCUUCUGCACAACAGAUCAGAUACUUUACCUUUUCCCUUCCCCUAGGCCUGCCCUAUCUACUUCAUCUUCGCUGCUUAGCUUCAAUUUCGUUUGUAAGAAACAAGUAUUUGUUUUGCAGACUGAGUGGUGUUGAUUUCUUAUUCUAUGUUGUGAACAUUCUGAGUUAAUUAGAACAACACCUUUUGUAUUUUCAACCUCAAGAAGCAAUCCAUUCAAGAAAAAACCAUCACAGGUGGUGUUGAGAUUUGCAA